GGGGGUUUAGAAAUACCAGCAUAAUAAGUAGUAUGACUGGAGUGAUCUGCAAAUUAACUCAAUUAGACAAAGCCUGAUUUAACGGGGGGGAAAAUGGUGAGAAGUGCCACCCUCAUUAAAUCUGCUUGUUAGAGGUGCUUCUAGUGGAAUUAAAUUUCUCUUAGUUGUUUGGAUUACAUAAAAUAGUCUGUGCAUGUGCAUGAAUACGCGUGCACAUGCAUGGGUUCUGUGAUUUUGUAGGCAUUUUUUAAUGAGGUGAGGAAUAGAAUGUAAAAUAAAAAUAUACCAAAAAAACCCCCUCAAAAAACCAAAAAUCGAAAACUGAGUGAAUGCUCAAGAGCUCAAGAGUGGAAGACAAGAAGAAAACAGGAGAGCUGUAAGGAGUAGACAGCGUAAGGAGGUCUCCGACUAUAAAGCCAUGGGCCCCCUUCGCUGGGGGCUUCUGCUCUGUUGCCUGGGCGGUGGAAUCCUGCCUGGGGUCUGGGCGCAGUUCCCCCGGGUCUGCAUGACACUGGACAGCCUGUUGUCCAAGCAGUGCUGCCCGCCCCUGGGUGUGGAGCCGGCCAACGUCUGUGGCUCUCAGGUGGGCCGGGGCCAGUGCAUGGAGGUGCAAACCGACACCAGGCCCUGGGGUGGUCCGUACGUCCUGCGAAACCAGGAUGACCGAGAACGGUGGCCAUGGAAAUUCUUCAACCGGACCUGCAAGUGCACAGGAAACUUUGCUGGCUUUAACUGUGGAGACUGCAAGUUUGGCUGGACUGGCCCCAACUGCGACCGGAAGAAACCACCAGUUGUUCGACGGAACAUCCAUUUCUUGACUCCUCAGGAGAGGGAGCAGUUCUUGGGUGCCUUAGACCUCGCAAAGAACACCACACACCCCGACUACGUGAUCACUACGCAACACUGGCUGAGCCUGCUUGGGCCCAACGGGACCCAGCCACAGAUCGCCAACUGCAGCAUUUAUGAUUUCUUUGUGUGGCUCCAUUAUUAUUCUGUCAGAGAUACAUUAUUAGGACCAGGGCGCCCAUACAAGGCCAUCGAUUUCUCACACCGAGGACCCGCCUUUGUCACCUGGCACCGGUACCAUUUGUUGUGGCUGGAAAGAGAUCUCCAGCGACUUAUUGGCAAUGAGUCCUUUGCUUUGCCCUUCUGGAACUUUGCCACGGGAAGGAACGAGUGUGACGUGUGUACAGACCAACUGCUUGGGGCAGCAAGACAAGAUGAUCCGACUCUGAUUAGUCAGAACUCAAGAUUCUCCAGCUGGGAAGUUGUCUGCGACAGCAUAGAUGAUUACAACUACCGGGUCACCCUGUGUAAUGGAAGCUAUGAAGGUUUUUUGAGAAGGAAUCAAGUGGGAAGAAACAACGAGACAUUGCCAACCCAGAAAGAUGUACAAGAUUGUCUGUCUCUUGAGAAGUUUGACAAUCCUCCUUUCUUCCAGAACUCUACCUUCAGCUUCAGGAAUGCCCUGGAAGGGUUUGAUAAAGCAGACGGGACCCUGGACUUUCAAGUGAUGAGCCUUCACAAUUUGGUUCAUUCCUUCCUGAAUGGGACAAGUGCUUUGCCGCAUUCUGCUGCCAAUGAUCCCAUUUUUGUGGUCCUUCAUUGCUUUACCGAUGCCAUUUUUGAUGCGUGGAUGAAAAGAUUUAAUCCUUCUGUGGAUACCUGGCCUCAGGAGCUGGCCCCCAUUGGUCACAAUCGGAUGUAUAACAUGGUUCCUUUCUUCCCUCCGGUGACUAAUGAGGAAUUCUUUUUAACUGCAGACCAACUUGGCUACAGCUAUGCCAUUGAUCUGCCAGUUUCAGUUGAAGACACUCCAAGUUGGACCACAACCCUCUCAGUGGUUGUGGGAAUGCUGGUGGUUUUGGUUGGUCUUUUUAUGCUGCUGGCUUUCCUUCAGUAUAGAAGACUUCGAAAGGGAUAUACACCCCUAAUGGAGACAAAUUUAAGCAAUAAGAGGUACACAGAAGAAGCCUAGGGUGCUCACGCCUUACCCUGGAGAAGAGGCUGGCCAACCUAUCGUCGGGACUCUGACAAUGAACAAACUAAUCCUCGCUGUUUUUCCUUUAGUUGAAGAUCUUUGGCACAGGUCCUCCUCUUGUGGUGAUGAUUCCAAACACAGAAGACACUUAGCUGUAGUUUCUGGCUUGCUUUUUUGCGUAACAAACUCAGGCUAAAGUGGUUGAGACUAUCUCUGCCAUCAUACAAAAGUAGAGCUGAUGAUUUGUGAUCUCCCAUAGUAAUUCCCCAUAUUGAUUAAGCCUCCUCAUGUUUUGAGAG